AUGUCAGGAUCUAAGAUUCCACUUUUCAAAAUGAAGGACCUGAUACUGUUCCUGUGCCUUCUGAAAAUUAGUUUUGCAGUGCCGGCAUUUCCUCAGCAGCCUGGGACACCGGGUAUAGCACCACCAGGCAUGGCUAGUUUGAGCCUUGAGACAAUGAGACAGCUGGGAAGUCUGCAGGGAUUAAAUGCACUUUCUCAGUAUUCUAGAUUUGGCUUUGGGAAAGCACUGAAUACUUUGUGGUUGCAUGGUCUUCUUCCACCACAUGCCUCUUUUCCAUGGAUGAGACCAAGAGAACAUGAAACUCAACAGUAUGAAUAUUCUUUGCCUGUGCAUCCCCCACCUCUCCCAUCACAGCCACCCCUGCAUCCUCAACAGUCAGGACUGAAACCUUUCCUCCAGCCCACUGCUGCAACUGCCUUCCAGGCCACAGCCCAGAAGGGAGGGCCUCAGCCUCCAAUGCACCCAGGACAGCUGCCCUUGCAAGAUGGAGAAAUACCAGCGCUUCAGCAACAAGUGGCACCAUCAGAGAAGCCACCAACACCUGAGAUCCCAGUGAUGGAUUUUGCUGGCCCAGAACUUCCAACAGUGUUCCAUUUAGCCCGUUUGAUAUCUAGGGGGCCAAUACCACAAAGUAAACAAUCUACGCUUUAUCCAGGAAUGUUUUACAUGUCAUAUGGAACAAAUCAACUGAAUGCCCCUGCCAGGCUUGGCUUCAUGAGUUCAGAAGAAAUGCCCGGAGCUAGAGGCCCCAUGGCCUAUGGAGCUAUGUUCCCAGGAUUUGAAGGCCUGAGACACAGUCUUAGAGGAGUUCACCCCAAUCCAGCCCUGGGUGGAGAUUUUACUCUGGAAUUUGACUCCCCAGUGUCUGUAACCAAAGGCCCUGAGAAGGGAGAAGGAGGUGCACAAGGCUCCCCACUUCAGGAGGCCAACCCAGAAAAUCCAGAAAACCCAGCACUCCUUUCACAGAUAGCAACUGGUGCCCAUGCAGGGCUCCUUGCUUUCCCUGAUGACAACAUUCCCAGCCUGGCAAGGGGUCCUGCAGGGCAGAGGCAGGGACCCCCUGGGAUCACGCCAGCAACUGCUGACCCACUCAUGACCCCUGAAUUAGCUGAAGUUUAUGAGACUUAUGCUGGUGAUGUUACCACACCCCUGGGUGAGGGAGAAGUAACCAUGGAUACCACAAUGUCCCCAGACACUCAGCAAACAUUGAUGCCAGGAAACAAAGUGCACCAACCCCAGAUGAUGCAUGAUGCGUGGCGUUUCCAAGAGCCCUGA